AUGGCGGCCGAAGUACAAUCAUUGCAGCCUCUCAAGCUGGCUGCUGGCCCCGAGGCCAUUACCGCUGAUCAGCGCUACUGGAAAGGAUUCAGAUCACAGCAACUGGUGCCCUCGCCGCAUUCAAAUCCCAUCACGCACAUUUCGUUCCCUCCGUCACCUACGAACCCGCUCGUAACGCCGCCUUCAGAUACUUUCGCAGUCACAUCCGGAAGCAGAGUGCAAAUUUUCUCGUCAAAAACACGCAAGUUGUUGAAGACCAUCACGCGAUUCGGCUACGAUGACAUUGCGCAUUCGGGAGAGAUUCGUCGCGAUGGACGUGUGCUUGUCGCUGGUGGAGACAGCGGUGCUAUUCAAGCAUUCGACACAGGAUCAAGAGCUAUUUUGAAGACAUGGAAGGAACACAAGCAGCCAGUCUGGGUCACAAGGUGGAACCCGAACGACCUCACAUCAAUCAUGAGUUGUAGUGACGACAAGACGGUCAGACUGUGGGACUUGCCCAGCGAGUCGAGCAUGACCACCUUCUCUGGACACCAGGACUACGUUCGCAGCGGUGCUUUCAUGCCCGGACAGAGCAGCAACUUAAUCGUGUCUGGAAGUUACGAUCAGACUGUCCGUCUUUGGGAUUCAAGAGCACCCAAGCGCGCUGUCAUGACCUUCAAGCAUGCCGCUGCUAUUGAGAGCGUUCUGCCCAUGCCCUCGGGAACUCAGGUGCUUGCAAGUGCCGACAACCAAAUCAGUGUCCUGGAUCUGGUCGCCGGAAAGCCCCUGCACUUGAUCAAGAACCACCAGAAGACUGUCACAUCGCUGUGCUUGGCGAACAACGGAACAAGAUUGGUCAGUGGUGGUUUGGACGGGCACGUCAAGGUCUUUGAGACUUCAGCAUGGAACGUCGUGGCUGGUUUCAAGUACCCCAGCCCUGUUCUUUCGCUGAGCGUUGUCGGAGCUGGCGCAAGCAGAGAAGACAGACAUCUCGCAGUCGGUAUGCAAUCCGGUCUCUUGUCAGUCCGCACACGUCUGUCAGGCGAGCAAAAGGCAGCAGCAAGAGAGAAGGAGAAGGAGAUGCAAGCUUUGGUUGCUGGUACUAUUGAGGAGUACGACAUAAAGAAGGCCAAGAAGCUGCGACAAGGCGACAAGAAGGCCUUGCGCGGUCGUGACUUUACCGGAGAGGGCGCUGACAUUGUCAUCGAUGGUAACGCACGCGGCAACAUCAGAAACCAGUCAAAGUGGGAGUCUGCUCUACGAAACGGCAAAUACGCUCUCGCUGUUGACAUGGUGCUCGGAGCUACAAAAUUCUACAACCCCAACAUGCUCACCCUCCUUACCGCUCUCCGCCACAGAUCCGCCAUGCGCACUGCCUUCAAGGGACGUGACGAGACAUCUCUCCAGCCUAUCCUCCGCUGGGUCAUCAAGUACAUUGGUCACCCUCGCUACAUCAAGCUUACGAGCGAUGUUGCCAUGCUCCUAUUGGACCUCUACUCAGAGCAAGCCAUGGAUUCGCCUGAGAUUGACGACCUCCUGAACCAACUUCACCGCAAGGUCAGACACUGCUCAGAGUUGGCACAAGCCGCAUACUCAACUCAGGGUAUGCUCGACUUACUUGUAUCCGGUGCAUGAGCUACGAAAAGGAAAUAGACUUGAGACCAAAAGCUAGCGCAGAGCAGCAUCUAGCCAUGCAUUCACAAGGCAGUCUACGCCUCCAGACGACGCUCCGAGAUGAGGAGCAUGUGGACGUCGGUGAAACGCCUACACGCCCCAAGCAGGCUGUCAGUGAUGAGCGUGAAGUCACUCAGGAGACUGAAGUGUUGGCUCUAUGAAAAUUAUAAAAAGCAUGGAGUCUGGUGUAAAUAGGGCAUAGGGAGGAGCUUGGGAGUUAUGUAGCAGGAUGCAUAAAGUAUUGAUACCCGUUUUCACAAAGUAGUGCAAAAUAUGACGAAGCUCGCACUGCCCCGCAACCAGCUUUCGAUGAUUCUAGCCAUCUCAAUU